UAGAGGUCACUGACGAGCCCAGUGGGGCGUAAGUAACCGCUUGUAAAACUCUAGCAGGAAGCUAGCAGUCGUCUCUAAACCCCGAGAAGGGGAAACAGGAAUCGAUUAGGAAUGAAGGAUUAUAAUCAACUUUCCUUCUAAGGAAUAGCUGGGAACCUUCUCAUUUUGACCCACGAAAACAAAGCUGAGCUAACUUCUGCCAAAUAUCUAUUAAUUAGGCAAAAUGGGCCUCUUGCCCACGGUCUGACUGCAGCACAGCCCGUUCUUUUUUUCCUCCGCAGCUGAUUGGCUCUGGAGUGUGGCCAGAAGCUUCUCUCCCGCAAUUAAAGGAGCCGAGUCUCUGCUGAUCCGUUGAGGUUUUUUCUCCGCUUCUGAGCAAUGGAGCUUACCAUCUUUAUCCUGCGACUGGCCAUCUACAUCCUGGCAUUUCCCAUGUACCUGCUGAACUUUCUGGGCUUGUGGAGCUGGAUGUGCAAAAAAUGGUUCCCCUACUUCUUGGUGAGGUUGUCUGUGAUGUACAACGAACAGAUGGCAAGCAAGAAGCGGGAGCUCUUCAGCAACCUGCAGGAGUUUGCGGGCCCUUCCGGGAAGCUCUCCCUGCUGGAGGUGGGCUGUGGCACGGGGACCAACUUCAAAUUCUACCCACCUGGGUGCAGGGUGACCUGUAUUGACCCGAACCCCAACUUUGAGAAGUUUUUGAUCAAGAGCAUUGCUGAGAACCGUCACCUGCAGUUUGAGCGCUUUGUGGUAGCUGCCGGGGAGAACAUGCACCAGGUGGCCGAUGGCUCUGUGGACGUGGUGGUCUGCACCCUGGUGCUGUGCUCUGUGGAGAACCAGGAGCAGAUUCUCCGCGAGGUGUGCAGAGUGCUGAGACCGGGAGGGGCUUUUUAUUUCAUGGAGCAUGUGGCAGCUGAGCGUUCGACUUGGAAUUCUUUCUGGCAACAGGUCCUGGAUCCUACCUGGUACCUUCUGUUUGAUGGGUGCAAUCUGACGAGAGAGAGCUGGAAGGCCCUGGAGCGGGCCAACUUCUCUAGGCUGAAUCUGCAGCACAUCCAGGCCCCCCUGUCCUGGGAGUUGGUGCGCCCUCAUAUCUAUGGAUAUGCUGUGAAAUAGUGUGAGCUGGCAGUAAAGAGCUGAAUGGCUCAAAGAAUGUAAAGCCUCAGUUUUACAUUUAAAAUGCUAAAUGGGAGAAGAGAAAUCUUUUUUUGUUUUUUGGUUUUGUUUUGUAUUUUUGAGACGGAGUUUUUGCUCGUUGCCCAGGCUGGAGUGCAGCGGCACGAUCUUGGCUCACCACAACCUCUGCUCCCAGGUUCAAGCAAUUCCCCUGCCUCAGCCUCCUGAGUAGCUGGGAUUGCAGGCAUGUGCCACCACACCUGGCUAAUUUUGUAUUUUUAGUAGAGACAGAGUUUCUUCAUGUUGGUCAAGCUGGUUGUGAACUCCCAACCUCAGGUCAUCUGCGUGCCUGGGCCUCCCAGCGUGAGCCACCGCGCCUGGCCUGAAAUCUUUUUUAGGUAAAGUUGAAUUCCAUCCUUAAAAGUUUCUGUUAUAUCCUAUUUAGCCAUUUUCUAUUGUCGCCCAAAGAAUUCACAACAAAAAAAACAGCUUUCAACUCCCUCUUCAAAGGAAACACUGAACUUUCAUAAUUAGUAUCUACCAUCAUUCCCAAAUCUUAUUUUAUUCAUUGACUUGAAAUUUUUUUUCCAAUUGCCUUUUUUUUUUAAUUUUUUUAUUUUUUUUUAAGGCUAGAGCAGAAGUUUACUAGGCAAAAGAAAGAGAAUAGCUCCCUGCGGCAGAGAAGAGUCCUGGAGAAAUCAGCCACCCCAGCUGUCUUAUUUAAAUGGUUACCCAUCAGAUUUUAAUUUCAUCUUCUCUUUGAGAGCUUGGUGAUAAGAAGCAGUUAAAUCACUCAAAAGAAGACUUUAAAAAGGGAGCAGUGAAAGGGUCUUAAUAAUUCACUGAAUUAAGAAAUACUAGCUAAUUAAAAAUCUAAGCCUAAACAGCACAGAUUUUUUUUUUUUUCCUUUUUGCUUUUAAACUGUGUUUUAAAAACAGAGACAGGGUGCCCGGCGCAGCGGCUCACACCUGUAAUCCCAGCACUUUGGGAGGCUGAGGCGGGCAGAUUACAAGAUCAGGAGGCCAGCCUAGCCAACAUGGCAAAACCCCAUCUCUAUUAAAAAUACAAAAAAAAAAAUUAGCCGGGCAUGGUAACAGGUGCCUGUAAUCCCAGCUACUGGGGAGGCUGAGGUGGAGAAUCUCUUGAACCCGGGAGGUGGAGGCUGCAGUGAGCUGAGAUCAUGUCAUUGCACUCCAGCCUGGGCGACAAGAGCAAGACUUCGUCUCAAACAGCAACAACAACAACAACAACAACAACAACAACAUACAGAGACAGGGUCUCACUAUGUUUCCUAGGCUGGUCUUGAACUCCUGGGCUCAAGUGAUUCUCCCACCAUGACCUCUCAAAUUGCUGGGAUUACAGGCAGAAGACUGCGCUGGCCAAAAUAGCACACGUUUCUGAAAAAGAAAUCUGAACCUAAUUGUUGUUCUUAAUUCUGGCUUUCAGAAUUAACAUACAAGGCUGUCACACCUAGUCCUGCCCAGCUUUCUGUCUUUUAUCCCAGUACUGCACCAAAGUUUGUUUUCUUGCAUUCCAGUUCUCAAGUCUUAAGAUAAAGAUUGUACUUGACACUUUAGUAUAUCCAUAAAACUAUUUGAGGCGGUUAAGAUUCUUGGGUUCAUUUUCCUUAUUAUCUAGCACAUACUUUGCUGAAUAUAAUAGAUUUUAGGCAAUGAAAAGCCCAUUAUUAGAAAAACCUUUAAUAAUUAGGUGUACUAUGUAGGAGCCCCUAGUCAUCAAGCAAUCUGUGAGUCUGAAAAGAAGUAAACAAAUCUUUUUUGGAUUAUUCUCAUCAAAUUCCACCCCUGUUCCAAGAUGAUUUCUUUCUUCUUUGUAACUAUGGAAGCUGUGAAAAUCAUCACAAGUGCCUCUGAAAGCAAGUGUUAGGUUGGUUAGAGGGUUUAAUAUAUUCUGCAAUGGUUUGUAUGAGUUUUAAUAAAUGUAUUAUAUUUUCUGAGAUGAUUUUGCAAAAGUACUAUUUUAAGUAUCAAAUCAACCAAUAAAUUCACAUUCAUGUUAGGAACAGAAA